CUUGGAUGAACUCAUUCACUCGGAAAUGCACUCUGUAUUGUCGUCUUGUUUCUGCUUCGCAGUGCAGUCACGCAUAAACCAAUCAAAAAAUUAUAGACAGCUACGAUCAGGAUAUCUCCAGCUCUAUACUAGGAAUUCCCGCGCAAUCCGUUUGGAUGAACAUCGAGUAGUGGAGGAAGGAUGUAAUGUUCUCGAACGUGAUAUUAUGAACUUCAUUGCUGUCAACGCAAUCACUCCUGUGUCAAAGACCUACAAGAUCAAGUUUGUCGAGGUGCGGAAAACCUUCUAUAUUGUCAUAGACUAUAUGCACGGCGAGCCGCUGGACAAAGCUUGGAUGUAUUUAACCCAGGGCCGUCGAGCGUACACCUGCCGCCAGAUUGCUGGCUACCUUGAGGAGCUUCGGCAAUUAACAGGCAAAUAA